AAGUGUCUUCCUCCGAAUGCGUGUGUUUCUCUGAAGUUUCGUGUUUCUGAGUCUGUUUCUCCACUUUCCUUCCACCCAUCUUCCUUUACUUUAAGAUUCUCAAUAUCUUGUAAUCAUAACAAUCCAAAACCAUCUUCCUCUUACUCCCUUCACUUCCACACUCUCCUCUGUUCCUUCUUCCACCAUCUCAAUGGCCUCUCACCCAAACCAAACAGGAACGGGAGCUGACGGGCAAGGAGAAAAGGACCCCCCAUCGCCGAUCCCAGCAUCAGCCUUUCAGAAUCCACUUUCUGAGAUAUCGCCGUCACCGUCGCCGUCUCCGUCCUCAUCGACAGCUCCGGCGCUGGUGCUUUCGAACUCGGGGAAGCGCAUCGCGUCCUCAUCGACAGCUCCGGCGCUGGUGCUUUCGAACUCGGGGAAGCGCAUCGACCAGACGGGGAGGAAGAAGUACGUGAAGCAAGUGACGGGGCGGCAUAACGACACGGAGCUGCACCUGGCGGCACAGAGGGGCGACGUCGGCGCCGUGAGACAGAUCCUUCUCGACGUCGAAUCUCAGGUUAUGGGAACUCUCGGCGACGGCGACGACGACGAUCUCGACAUCGAGAUUGCGGAAGUGCGAGCUUGCCUCGUCAACGAAGAGAACGAGCUCGGUGAGACCCCUUUGUUCACUGCAGCUGAAAAGGGUCAUCUCCAUGUCGUGAAGGAGCUUCUCAACCAUUCCACUGCUCAGACUGUUUCCAAGAAGAACCGAUCGGGAUUUGAUCCCUUGCAUAUUGCAGCUAGUAAAGGCCACCACUCGAUUGUUCAGGUUUUGCUAGAUUAUGACCCGGGAUUGAGCAAAACUAUUGGUCCAUCCAAUUCGACUCCACUUAUAACUGCAGCGACAAGAGGACACACGGAAGUGGUGAAUGAGCUGCUGUCGAAGGAUUGUAGCUUGUUGGAGAUUGCUAGAUCCAAUGGCAAAAAUGCUUUGCAUUUGGCAGCUCGUCAGGGCCAUGUGGAGAUUGUGAAAGCCUUGCUCAGUAAAGAUCCACAGUUGGCUCGAAGGACUGACAAGAAAGGGCAAACUGCAUUGCACAUGGCUGUAAAAGGGCAGAGUUGUGACGUGGUAAAGUUACUUCUUGAUGCAGAUGCUGCCAUUGUUAUGCUUCCUGACAAAUUUGGUAACACAGCAUUACAUGUGGCAACCAGGAAAAAGCGAGUAGAGAUAGUGAAUGAGUUAUUACAUCUGCCAGACACCAAUGUUAAUGCAUUAACCAGAGACCACAAAACAGCUCUUGACAUUGUUGAAAGCCUUCCACUCUGUGAAGAGGCAUCAGAUAUUAAAGAAUGUCUUUCUCGAUACGGAGCACUCAGAGCUAACGAGCUCAACCAACCAAGGGAUGAACUGAGGAAAACUGUUACUCAAAUCAAGAAAGAUGUUCACACGCAACUUGAACAAACCAAGAGAACCAACAAAAAUGUUCAUAAUAUUUCCAAAGAGUUAAGGAAGCUUCAUAGGGAAGGAAUCAACAAUGCCACAAACUCAGUAACAGUGGUGGCAGUGUUGUUUGCUACAGUUGCUUUUGCUGCUAUAUUCACUGUGCCUGGUGGUGAUAACAAUGAUGGCUCAGCGGUGGUAGCAGCUUAUGCUGCUUUUAAAAUCUUCUUCAUCUUUAAUGCUAUUGCACUUUUUACAUCUUUGGCCGUGGUGGUUGUUCAAAUCACCUUGGUUAGAGGUGAAACAAAAGCAGAGAAAAGGGUGGUGGAGGUCAUCAACAAGCUCAUGUGGCUGGCUUCUGUUUGCACUUCAGUGGCAUUUAUUGCUUCUUCUUACAUAGUUGUGGGUAGGAAGAAUAGGUGGGCUGCUAUUCUUGUUACAUUAGUAGGAGGGGUGAUAAUUUCUGGAGUUAUUGGCACCAUGACUUUCUAUGUAGUGAGAUCUAAGAGAAGCAGGUCAAUGAGGAAGAAGGAGAAGCAGCUAGCCAGGAGGAGUGGAUCUAACUCAUGGCAUCAUUCUGAAUUCUCCAACUCUGAGGUUGAUCGGAUUUAUGCUAUUUGAUCUUGAACUUGCAACCUACAAAGGGGAUCAUGAAGAACAAAUUGUUGCAAAAUGGAUGCAGGUGUUUAGAGUUUCCCCAUUCUACCACUUAAGAGUUCACUGUACAGGAAAUUGUUCUCUCAGACUUCUGCAGCUAAUGCUGCUGUUGCUGCUGCUGGUUUUCUAGGAGGAUCAUGAGGAAUUAGAAUGAAGCUCUCAUCAUCAUUGUAACUAUUAAAUGAUGCACUGCAGGGCGAAUGUAAGCACCUGUGUCUUAAUCCCAGGUUGUGAUUUGCUAGGAAAAUAAAUUGAACAUUGCUUUAACUUUCACUUUAUGUAUUGUUGUAUUAUCAAAAUAUACCUGCCAAUCCUGUUCAUUACUGAGUAUUUUGUUACAAUUUUCUUGAGGCCUAAUCAUUACAACUACCUAGAUUACAUACUGGACCCUUCAUACAUG